UCUCUCUCUCUCCAUCCAAAAGAAAAACACCAGAAAAGAAAAAAAAGAAAAAAACGAAAGGAAUGGGUCGUCAUUUCUGACUCAGAUUCCUCGCAGGAUCCCUCUCUCCAGGGUUAGGGUUUCGUCAUUUGUCUGCAAGAUUGCUGUCUUUUCUUUUAGGGAUUUUGAGGUGUUUAUUGAAGAAUGGGGUUUUGUUUGGGGUUUUCUUCUCGGGCAGCAGAUGUAUAGUUGAAAGGAGGAGAGGAAUUUCAAGGAGGCUAGGUGAAGGGCAUUUCUGUCAUUUGUUAGGGCAUUGGAGGAAGAUCUGCGACGGAAAUGAGCGCUUCUAGGUUUAUAAAGUGCGUGACGGUCGGAGACGGCGCCGUCGGUAAAACCUGCAUGCUUAUUUCAUACACCAGCAACACCUUCCCUACGGAUUAUGUGCCGACUGUUUUCGACAAUUUCAGUGCAAAUGUGGUGGUUGAUGGGAACACUGUCAACCUAGGGCUGUGGGAUACGGCAGGCCAGGAGGAUUACAAUAGAUUACGACCUUUGAGCUAUCGCGGGGCUGAUGUUUUUCUGUUGGCAUUCUCUCUCAUCAGCAAGGCCAGUUAUGAAAAUGUUGCUAAGAAGUGGAUUCCUGAACUGAGGCAUUAUGCGCCUGGUGUUCCCAUAAUUCUAGUUGGAACGAAACUUGAUCUUCGGGAUGAUAAGCAGUUCUUUGUUGAUCAUCCUGGUGCAGUUCCCAUCACUACAGCUCAGGGAGACGAGCUGAAGAAGCUGAUUGGUUCACCUGCCUACAUCGAAUGCAGUUCAAAAACACAGCAGAAUGUCAAGGCAGUUUUCGAUGCGGCAAUUAAGGUGGUGCUCCAGCCACCAAAGCAAAAGAAGAAGAAGAGAAAGGCACAGAAGAGCUGUUCCAUUUUGUGAUCAGAUAAUAGGAAAGAUGACCACCAGCCAUCCGUGUGUAGUCUCUCUUUUGAGGAAGCAGGCCUUGGUGUAUAGUCAACUGACAGUAUUUUAGAGCUCUGAAAACAUCAGGUGAUUUGUUCUGCUUUCUCAGUACCUUGUGGCAAUCUGUAAUCGGCUUGUGUUACAUGUUAAUGUACACCUUUUUUGGAUAAAGAUUAUUCUCAUUCCCAGAUGUGAGAAGGAUCCCAUUUGAAACUC